ACAGAAAUGGCUGCAUCAAAGACUUUAAUUAUCUUCCUCUCAUGUGUGGCUAUUGUCCUAUCACAACAGAAACUGGAAGAUCUAAAUCAGGAAUUUGGAGACUUUACCACUCGUUUUGUCGGCUCUGAUCUACCAGUUUCAGGGAUAGGAGCUCAGCCCGUAGGGGUGUCACCGGAUGGAAAUUUCUUCGCUCCUGGUGUACGAGUCGCGACUCUAACUGCACCUCAUCCCGAUCCCGUGCCAUUAUUUGAGCCAAAUUUGGGAGCUGUUGGAAAUGCACAUGAAAGUCAGCUAUUCCCGUUUGACAAUAUUGGUGGUCCAUUAAUUAACGAUGGUGUACCGUUACCAUUUGGGGGAGACUUACCAUUUAUCCCUGAUGAAAGACCAGGAAACAUUGGACCAUUUCCCCCACCUCCGAAAGGCGACAUUAAACGUGAAGUGUUUGUUAGGGAAGAAAUUGAUCGUCACCAAUUCUUUCCGAUUGGACAUCAUGGACCUUCUGAGCCAAUUGGAUCGGUUAGGGAUGCAGGUGAACGAUUCCGAUCUUCACCAGUUGUAUACCUGGUAUCCCAAAGGUCAGGUGGAUCUGUUAGGGAUGCAGCCGAACGAUUCCGAUCUUCACCAAUAGUACAGGUGUUAUCACCUGCGUCAGGCGGAUCUGGAAACAGGGAGUCCGAAGCACUGAAAAACAUUGCUCCGUUCAUAAAACCAUUCACUGAAAAUAUUGGCAAGCGUUAUGAGCCAGUGUUUAAGGAAUUCCCAGAAAUAUUUCUCAAUGAUGAAGGCAAAGACAGUUGUUUCCCCAAAAUCAAAAAAUUAUUCAACAAAGCAUACCCAAAACUUCCGAAACUAGAACGAGCCAACCAACCCAUAUACAUUCCUAUCCCACGACUGGCUAAAGAACUACCACCAAAUGUGCUGCCAACUUAUGUUUCAUUAGUUAACAACGGUAUUGUGUAUGCUCCCUACAAAAUUUCCACAACACAAAGUGUAAUUUUUGUUCCUUUUGAAAGAAAAACAAAGAAACUACAAUAUCCAGCCUAUCCUAUUUACAUUCCCUACGUGAAAUUAUCCCUAAAUGUCCCCGAGCAGAGGCGACAGUAUUUCAUUUACCUUCCCUUUCAACCCGACAAGAAUCGAGCACCAUCCCUUACUUGCGCUCAGUCAAGUGUAUUAUUGCCAAUCUAUGGAAAUCCCAAAGAAUUCUUCAGUGUUGCUGCAUACAAUUUGAUUGGAUUACAGGAGAGUCAAGGAAGUUCUGGUGCUGUGGCAGCUCCGUCAUUAAUAACAGCGCCCUCUGUUGGAUUUAAGGGACCGGCUGUGGUUAAAGCUGGUCCAGUGAUUGCAGGUCCACCAAUCAUUGCUUCAGGACCACCAGUUCUUGUCGCAGGACCACCAGUGAUUGCAGCAAGACCACCACUCAUCGCACCAGGACCACCACUCAUUGCAGGACCAUCCAUUCUUGCCGCAGGACCGUCAAUAAAAUCAGGUCCAUCUAUAAAUGUUGUCGAAACGCCAUUAAUUGCAGCUUCUCAACCACUUAUUGCUGGACCAUCCGUUGUUGGGAAAGACUUCCGAUACCUCAACACAACCCUCACCUCCUAUCUCCCGUACAACCAGUAUCCAAGGGAAACUGAACCAGACUUUGACCCUUACAAACUUCCAACAAGCCAAUUCCAAAGAAAAGUUGUUGCUACUUUUGUUCUUUUUACAAAGAGCAAGGGUACCCAUCAGGCAUUCAGGGAGCUAGCUGCAACGAAAGUUCCUUUCGAGGAGUUUUUCCAAGAUUCCCAGGGUGAUCCAAAAGGUUUUGAUGCCUAG